GAGAAUUAGUAUAUGUCAAUAUAAUAGUGAGAAUUGAAGGGAAAAUGGAGUUUAAUGAUGUAUUGACGAAUCAGCCGAUAUGUAUUGAUAAUGGGUCAGGAGUGAUAAAAGCGGGAUUUGCAGGAGAAGAUCAGCCGAAAAGUUUUUUUCCGUCAUAUGUUGGACGACCAAAACAUUUAAAAAUUAUGGCGGGGGCGAUUGAAGGGGAUAUUUUUAUAGGAAACAAGGCUCAGGAGCUUCGUGGUCUUUUAAAAAUUAAAUAUCCUAUAGAACAUGGUAUUGUUGUUGAUUGGGAUGAUAUGGAGCGAAUAUGGCAAUUUAUAUAUACAGAAGAGCUUAAAACGGUUUCGGAGGAGCAUCCAGUAUUAUUAACAGAAGCGCCAUUGAAUCCUAGAACAAAUAGAGACCAGGCGGCACAAGUAUUUUUUGAAACCUUUAAUGUACCGGCAUUAUUUACAUCGAUACAAGCAGUAUUAUCUCUUUAUGCAUCAGGACGAACUACGGGGGUUGUUUUAGAUUCAGGUGAUGGUGUAACACAUGCAGUUCCAAUUUAUGAAGGGUUUGCAAUGCCAUCUGCUAUAAGAAGAAUAGACAUAGCGGGUCGAGAUGUAACAGAAUAUUUGCAAUUGUUGCUUAGAAAAUCAGGAACUAUAUUUCAUACUAGUGCAGAAAAAGAAAUUGUUAGAAUUAUUAAGGAAAAAUGUUCAUAUGUUACGUUAGAUCCGAGAAAAGAGGAGAAGGAAUGGAUUAAUGCAUCAAUAUCUGGGGGGAAAGAUUAUACUAAAGAAGAGGAAUUUAAACUUCCAGAUGGAAAUGUUUUACGUCUUGGUGCAGAACGAUUUAGAGCACCUGAAAUUUUAUUUGAUCCAGAAAUUAUUGGAUCAGAAUAUUCUGGCAUUCAUCAAGUUGUUGUUGAUGCAAUUAGUCGAGUAGAUUUAGAUCUUCGAAAAUCUUUAUUUGGGAACAUUGUAUUAUCUGGAGGAUCUACCUUGACAAGAGGAUUUGGGGAUCGUUUACUCUCUGAAAUACGCCGACUUGCUGUAAAAGAUGUAAAAAUCAAAAUCUUUGCUCCUCCAGAAAGAAAAUAUAGUACAUGGAUAGGUGGUUCAAUUCUUGCAAGUCUUAGUACAUUCAGAAAGAUGUGGGUUAGUGCAGAAGAAUAUCAAGAAGACCCAGACAUUAUUCAUAGAAAAAGUAUUUAAUUUAUGAUAUUUAUAAAAAUGCACUAUUAUGAUCAAAUUCAAUUAA